AGAGAGGCAGAAUGCCUUUGGCUGAGUCCCAUAAGUGUCGGACCUUUUCCUGUUUGUGGAUCUCUCUGUUUUGACUUUCAUGUUCCUCUUACCAUAAAUUCGUAUGAUGCUAUUCUUUUCACGAUCUUUCUCAAGCUAAACAUAGCCAUAAUGUCUUCGUCUCCACCUUCGCCGAGACCCGUUCGUCUGCCCUGGCUUCAGCUUGCGCUUAGAGCACUUACUGCCCUGGUCGCGGUUAUGGCCAUCAUCAUUGCUAUUGUCGUUAGCGCUAGCCGCCAUCGAACAUGGUAUACCGUUUUUGUAUCUGCUUUUGUAGCACUCUUUAUCGACACCGCCGAAACUAUAGCACUCGCAAGUCGAUAUGUCGGCAAACUUCGCGAUCCGGUACCGCGGAUCCACCCCGUCAUCUUGAUUGCUCUAGAUUUCUGUGCUUUAUGUAUGCUCAUCUGGUCUUUCUUUGCCUUGUUCCUCGAUGCUUGGGGACCGCACAAGAAUACCAGUUUGAAACCUUACAACGCCAGCCCUUUCAAUAUUGUUGAGACUUGGUUUGCUGUCGCCAUUGGGGCUAUUCAUGCCAUUCUGCUUGUCUUUGACUGUGUCGAUUGCUGUAGCAUCAGAGAGUCGGCAAGUCCAGUAUAUGAGUAUGAGCCGAGACCAAGACCAAGACCGAGGCAGAGGGCGACGACCAGAAGUCGGGAUGAUCUGUUUGAUAUGGAUUGGUGAUGAGCCGGCUGCCGCCGCGAACAGGUCUUUGCUCUUUUCCUCAUUAGGCUUCCGGACAUCAAUUGAAGAUCGCUGCUCAUGGGACGACUACCACACAUUAUAGAGAAUUUGUCUGUACGAAGUAUACAAUUCGACUCCGUGAUCCGUCUCCUUAAGAUACUUACCAUACUUCGGAAGAAAAAUCUUUCAAA